GGAACUCGGGCUCAGUCUCCACCCUUCAGCUGGGCGGGUCCGCUGGGGAUAAGACCCGCUGCCCGCCCCGACUAGGGUGUGACUCGGCGGCCGCAGCGGAGCGCAGACGGGUCUUGCACGCGCGAGAAACUUCUGCUCCUGUGACUGAACUCUGAUCUGGAAAUUAAGUCAUGGCCAUGGCAACCAAAGGAGGGACUGUCAAAGCUGCUCCAGGAUUCAACGCCGUCGAAGAUGCGCAGAACCUAAGGAAGGCCAUGAAGGGGCUUGGCACUGAUGAAGAUGCCAUUAUCAACAUCUUGGCCCACCGCAGCACUGCCCAGCGCCAGGAGAUCAGGACAGCCUACAAGACCAAUGUUGGCAGGGACCUGUUGGAUGACCUGAAGUCAGAACUGAGCGGCAACUUCGAGCAGGUGAUCCUGGGCAUGAUGACCCCCACGGUGCUGUAUGAUGUGCAGGAGCUGCGCAAGGCCAUGAAGGGAGCUGGCACAGAUGAAGGCUGCCUGAUUGAGAUCCUGGCUUCACGGUCAACUGAGGAGAUUCAGCGCAUUAACCAGACCUACCAGCUGCAAUAUGGGCGGAGCCUGGAAGAUGACAUUCGCUCGGACACAUCUUUCAUGUUCCAGCGGGUGCUGGUGUCUCUGUGUGCUGGUGGCAGAGAUCAAGGAAAUUUUCUGGAUGAUGCUCUCCUCAGACAGGAUGCCCAGGACCUGUAUGAGGCUGGAGAGAAGAAAUGGGGGACUGAUGAGGUGAAAUUUCUAACUGUCCUCUGUUCUCGGAAUCGAAAUCAUCUAUUGCAUGUGUUUGAUGAAUACAGAAGAAUUUCGAAGAAGGAUAUUGAAGAGAGCAUUAAAUCUGAAACAUCUGGUAGCUUUGAAGAUGCUCUGUUGGCUAUCGUAAAGUGCAUGAGGAACAAACCUGCAUAUUUUGCUGAAAGGCUUUAUAAAUCUAUGAAGGGCCUGGGAACGGAUGAUAGCACCCUCAUCAGAGUGAUGGUUUCUCGAGCAGAGAUUGAUAUGCUGGACAUUCGGGCAAACUUCAAGAGGAUGUAUGGCAAAUCUCUGUACUCCUUCAUCAAGGGUGAUACCUCUGGAGAUUACAAGAAAGUCCUGCUCCUUCUCUGUGGAGGAGAUGAUUAAAAUACAGUCUCUGAAGGAUGAGAGAAUUCCCAACACUUUGAAUUUUUUUUUAACUUCAUUUUUCUACACUGUUAUUAGCAUGAUCUCAAACUGCUUAUUUCCAAUUAACACCCACAGAUGCCUCCUAGGAUAUAAACUGUAUUAUGAUUCAUCUAUAAUUAGCCAUUACAAGUGCUUUAAAGCUGUACUUGCAUUUCAAAGCUUCUAAAACCUAAAAGGAGAUUUUAAAUAAAAAAUAGAAAUGUACUUCGUGUGUUUUUU